UGUUCUAUGAAAAAUUAUCAUUAUCAAAACUAUCAUGAUAAAUGGACAACAGAGAGAACAGAUGCCAAAUUCUCAAAUGAAUUCAGUUGUUCAACCUAAGCCCGUUCUUAAAUCUAAUAUACUUGUAUGCCUGAUAGAGAAUGUGAGUUCUGAAGCUACUACUGCCAAGCACAAGAGUUACCUGGGGGCUGGGGUAACUUUGGUGCAUUAGGUUAUGAAUUCAAGCGUAAGAUUGCAGGAGCCAUAGGAGCCAAUAUAUGAAGACAAACAAAGGGAUAAGAGAGCCAAUGGAUUAAUCAAAAGUUAUUGUGAAUGCUGUGUCAAGUUAUGUAGAACCUGUUGUCCAAGUACCUGCUGAAGUUUCAGUUGAAGGGCCUGAAGGGAAAUAUAGGGAUAACUUUGGUGAACAAAGUCAUGAUUUCAAGCAUAAGAUUGCAGAAGCCAUAGGAGGUAAAUACUUUGAUAAGAAAACCAAAGGAUUCAUCAAAGCCUGUGUUCCAUCAAAUCACACAGAACCUAUAUUCGACGUACCUGCAGUAGCACCACCAUCAGGGUCUGUGGCUUCUCAGAUAAAGGUGCCAACACCUGUAAGGAUCAAGUUUAGAGCGACAGCUUCAACAUGUCUCAGCCCCAGAGACAAAAGUGUCAGAAGGCAAAAAAACAUCAUCAGAUUCAAAAUCCUACCAUGGAAACAAAUGUACAGCCACAAUCAAUCUCCGUGGAGUUGAAUGGCCCUGCAGGUUCUAAUAUUAGGACACAAACUGAUAACGUGAGUUAUGAUUCUACAGCAAUAGCAAUAGCACCACCAAAAGAGCCUAAAGCUGCAGAAAAGAUGGAUGUUCUCACCACUAAGUUUGGGUUAACUCAGUUGUCUCAGGUAACUCUGUCUUACUUGUGGCGUGAGGGCUUUCAGGAGUUGUUGGAUUUCGGCUCUCAUAAUGACCUUUGGAUUCUGAUCCUUGGGGUUCUGUUUCAGCAUGUAGAAGAUGUUGAAUUUAUGAUUCAAAACUUGAUUCCACAGCAGGUGCAGAUGCGAAUACCUGUGAUCCCAUAGGCCCUUUUGGUGGUGCUAUUGCUAUUGCUGCAGAAUCAGGACUCACAUCUUCAGUUAGGGUCUUAAUAUUAGAAUCUGCUAGGGAAUUCAACUUCACAGAGAUUGAAUGUGGCUUAUCAUCAUUUGCUGCAGGUACUUGGAGUACAGGUUCUACAUGAUUUGAAGAAGCAUUGACACCAAGCUUUGAUGAAUCCAUUGGGUUUUUAAUCGAAGUAUUUGUUUUCAAGUAUUUACCUCCCGUGGCUCCUGCAAUCUUAUGCUUGAAACCAUGACUUUGUGCACCAAAGUUAUCCCUUUUUUUCCCUUCAGCUAGAAAGGUGGUGCUUCAUCAGGUACUUGGACUACAGGUUCUACAUAACUUGACACAGCAUUGACCUCAAGUUUUGAUGAAUCCAUUGGCUUUUUUAUCCCAUUAUUUGUCUUCAUGUAUUUACCUCCUGUGUCUCCUGCAAUUUACGCUUGAGAUUAUGACCUUGUGCACCAAAGUUAUCACUGGGUUUCCCAAUAUUUUUCUCCAGGUAAUUCUUGUGCUUGGCAGCAGUAGCUUCAAUACUCAUUUCUACCAGGCUUCCAUGUAUUUCAGAUUUAAGAACUGGCUUAGUUUGAACAACUAAAUUCAUCUGAGAAUUUGGCAUCUGUCUUCUCUGUUGUCCAUUUGAAGUUUUUUCUCUCUUUGAUUCCUCAUGUAGUUUCAACAAUCGUCAAUGUCUCUUUCCAUUCUUAUGCUCUUUCAUAUUUUUGUGACUUCUCAACUUAACCUCACAAAUUUCACACCAAAUCGAUGAUGGUGGCUGUGGAAUUGGGGCUAUACUAGAAAAAGUUGGUCUAAAAGUUUGAUGUGGUAAGUACCUACCACCAGGCUCCAGCAGCGCGGACAUCCCCACCAUAAUGAGGAACUCAGUCAUAGUGAUUAAACCGGCUCAUACUACUGUCUCUGAAAUAUGUAUCUUUCCAGCAACUUCUACUCUUAUUUUGAAACCUCCUACUCUGUAAAUAAGCAUUCAAACAUGAAGCAGUGCAUAAAUUGAUAUCGAGCUACAAGAUC